UCUCGCCUACCACCGAAUCCUUUCUCCGCCGCAGACGUUGUUAACUUGUUCUUAUUUUUUAUCCUUCAAUCCGUCUGUUUCUCUACGCCAUGGCGAUCGAGAAAUGCAUCUCGGAUUUGGAUCAGACUCUGCGUUCUGGGAAACGACAACGAAUCAGUUCAGAGUUAGCAAACCUUCCUCCUCCCAUCAGCAAAGUCACAUCCGAUCUUCUCCAAGAGAUUCUGAUACGCCUCCCCAACCCUAGAGUCGCCUGCCUGUGUAAACUGGUCUGCAAGCCGUGGUGCUCCCUGAUCUCCAGUCCUGGCUUCAACCGCCUUUUCGUUUCUCACCACCAGACCAUGAGCCUGAACCACGCACCUAUACCGGAUGAUCCAUACGAGCUUCUAUCGAUGAUCCGCAGCUUUCUCCCUCCCAUGCCCAGUAGAGUUCAAUCCAGGCUUCGAGUUUUGGAUUGCAACAAGGACUUGGUUUUAUGUGGGUUCCUGGAUCUAGCUCGUCUGAGUGAGGAGAGUAGCAGGGCAUACUUGGUCUGCAAUCCGUUUUCGAAGCAGUGGGUCGCUCUUCCUUUAGCGCCUAGGAAGUAUGCGUAUUAUGACUCGCCGGCUGCAAGAUGCCUUGCAUGUAAUUGCACUCGAAAAUCGAACUCUACCUGUUCGUGCAAGCGUCUGGAGACUGGAAGAAGACCGUAAAUCCUGGAGGAAAGAAUGUGAGGGGUUGGUGAACAGGACAUCAUUGCGUCGUAGAUAUGACGUUGAGCGCUGUUGUGAACCUUUUCUGCAUCCAGAUAAGCCAGAACUUGUAUUCUUCAGUCGGGUUGCUGAUAAGUCUAGGAAUGCUUUGAUGUGCUGCGAUUUGGGAUGGGAAGAGCCCACGUUAUUUGCUAAACUAGAACGGCAGUCUGAUGCCCAUCAUCUUCAGGUGUUCCUGCCUAGGUUUUCUUGUUGGGCUACUCCAAUUCCAAGUUACAAGCAGUUGCAAGGCAUGUGCGGUGGAAGUAGCUUUUGUCAUGAGAGCAGCAAUGAUGCAGAAUGUCCAUCCCUCCACUUCCUCAAUAAUUGUGUGGAUCGUGUUGUGAAAUCAACCAUGUACAAGGAUUAUAUACAUCAUGUCAUUUCAAAAGCAACUGUGUCAUUACUGAUUCAAAUGAUUAGCCAAAAGCAGAGGGAAACAAAAAAGAUUGCUUCUGAAGGAAGGCUGGUUCCUGGUUCUCCAAAUUUUGACAAUGAAUAUGAUGUUCUGCAAGCUUCUGUGAAUGUUCUUACAAGUGAUAGAUUAGCUAUUGAUGGGCAGAACGUAGAGCUGAUGCAGGCUGUCGUGCAUGAAAUGGCGGCAGAGAUUCCUCCUACUCCCCAAGGCCCUAUGAAAAGUAUCUUCUGGCGGGAGCCUUAUGGUGGUGGGGGACUGAAUCUUGUUCUGCCAGUAAUCAGACGAAUUAUACCUUCUCUUAAAUGCGAAGGCUGGUGUAUAAACCAACAGAGAUGAAAGGAAAACCAGCGGCCGCUGAUUCAGAAGAGAAAGCUGACCCAGCUUGCCAAUGGCUAAAAUGCCAAUGUAUCUGGGAAUUAGGCAAGCUUAGGCUUCAAGAAAGGCCAAUUGCUACCGAUCCAACUAAGAACUUGGCACUUCCAUUUCUAACUCAUUUCCAUGAUACGAUAGGAUCAGUUACUUGCAACAGAAGGCAGGUUAGGUUGUGCUAGAAAUGGCUUGAAAGUGAGGAUCAACCCGAUGCCUUGGACCAAGUUCAAGACGAAGAACACCAUUUGAUCCCCUGCAGUGAAGAAUGAAGAUUACAGCUUGUCAAAUAGGAGGAUCGCAAACAUAACGGUCUGAGAAGUUGAUUAUCGGUAUAUACCUGGAAGAAAGGCGGCAACUUGUCGCUUUUGUGCCCAGGAAAAGAGGGCACCUCCACCUGCAGGACCAAAUGCUUUGAAAACAGACAUUGCAGUGAGGGAAAUCCCGUUGGCAGCUGCCCUCUCACUCUGCGCC